GUUUCCACACACUCAAUGACACACACACACACGCGCGCACUGAAGAUGCCCUGAUACAAACCUGUUCUGUCUGAGAGAAACAGAAUGACUAGAGAAGUGAAACUCAUCUCGCUUUAGGGCUGCUCAAUAUUGGGCAGGGGUGAGAUGACGGAGGUGGAGCCGGUGUUGGACUUUGCGUCGUCAGGUCGGUCGGGUCGACGUAAUGCCCUUCCUGACAUCCUGGGCUCUCCGGCAGGUGUCAGCCCCUCCGACCUGCCGCUCAAUCUCGCUGAGCUCUCCCUCACGGAUGGUCCUGGAGGGGCUCAGUCUCCAUCUACACAGGACGUCCCGCCCCCUGCAGACGGUUCAGAUGAGAGCCAGAGAUCCUGAAGACUUUCUCACACUGAGAACACACAUACAGUCCCCUGUCUCUCACUUGAUAUGGACAACACAUGUGUUAUGCGUCUAUAAGUAAAGGGACGGGCGUGACAGUUCAGCUGUUGACUGAAAGAGGCCGGUCCCCCCUCACAUCUUUAAAAGCUUCUGAAGGAGUCUUGUGUGCAUGAGCUCAUAUACAGUGCAGUAUGUGAAGUGUUUAUUGACAGUAAGCAGUGUUAGCGCGUGUCAUCUGCAGAUAUGCUGCUGGGGAAUCUGGCACCGUCAGUAGUGUUGCUCACACAGUCUGAAAACCACACAGCUUUCAAUGUCACCUUCUGCCUGUCAGCAGCUUGAGAUGGAUGUCUGCUCACAGCUAUUACAACAUUAGUGCCGUGAGACAACAGCAUCAGAAAUGACAGACAUGGAGAUCUGGAUACGACACUGAGCUCGCUUGGACGAGCUGCAAUCCAAACUCUAGAGAUGCAAUGCGUUUUUGUAAAAAGUGUAAAAUAAGGUUGGGAUGGUGGGAGUUUGCGUGUUUAUAAUUUCUUAUAUUAUGCAAACUGCCGAUUGUGCUGUUUUUGUUCAUUCUUCACAGUAAAUCUUAAAAAUGACCGUUAAAGAUGUUGUUAAUAAAAUUGAAUUCUGCCAAUUUAUGCGGAAGCCAUAGUGAUCAGCUAGUGAUAUAUUCAGGUAACAACCUGUUUUUUUCAAACCCUUUAGUGCAGUUUGUGUGAUGUGCUUUGAAAGAAUGAUUGCCUGAGAAUGAAGGGUAUUUAUCCAUUCAUAAAACUCUCUUUUAUUAAACCGUCUGUACUUCUUCUAACAUGAAGAAAAAUAUCAUCAAAUACAUUGAGUGCACAUUACAGUAAACGAGCAGGUAAAAUGCUUAAAACCCAAAGCUUCGACUUAUCUGUUACAGUUUGAAAAGCAUUUUCAAAAGUGGCUCAGUUUAGAUGGAUUCAUAGUUCAAGGGUUCUUUGAACUUCACACUUAAAAGCGCUGGGUUGUUUUUAACCCACUUGAAAUGGACAAACCAAUAACGGUAACCCUACAUGUCCAUAUAAGACCCAACCAUUGGUUGAAAUGACCCAGCAUUUUUUCAUUGUGUAAAAAAUCUGUCACUUUGCAUUUUUAUUAAAUCAGUGUACUAUACUAGCCCAUUUUUAAAAUCACAAGCACUUAAAAAAUGCAUUGUGUCCAUGACACUAUCCGAGUGGGUUUGUGAAAUUAAAAUGUGUUUUUUAUUUAAUAAAGUCUGUUCAAAGCAGAAUAUUUCGGAAUAUUCUAUUUUAUUUUCGAUUUCCAAAAGAUUAGGAAAUUAAAAAUUAGGAAGGUUUGCUUUGGGAAGUCAAUGUGAUGUCUGAACCCCGAGAACAGAUAACUUUAAAUUUGACUAUUAAAGGAGGGUGCAACUGUGUUUCAUGCAUUCUGAAUUCUUUACAAUGUUGAACAUGCUGGCUUCUCAUUCUUAAAGGGAUCAUAUUGGAUGGCUAAAACGAACACUAAUGUGUGUAUUUGGUGUAAUACAGUGUGUUUACGCAGUUUACGGUUAAAAAAACAUUAGUUUUCACAUACCGUGCAUUACUGUUGCUCCUUUGUGCCCCGCCUUUCUGAAACGCCUCGAUUUUUAACAAAGCUCAUCAUUGUGAAAAGCGCUGUGUGCUCUGAUUGGCCAGCUACCCGGUGCGUUGUGAUUGGCCGAAUACCUCAAGCAUGUGCCGGAAAUGUAACGCCCUUAAAAUAAAAUAAAUACCAUAAAAAUAAAUAAAAAAAACGUAUGUGUGAAUUCAAGCCUGAAUGUGAUCCAGAAAAUGCAUUUGACCAAGCGGAUUAAUCAAUGUUGCUAGCAGAGCGUAACAUAUUUGUAAGGUUUUAUUUUUAAAAACUAUUUGGUUUAACAAUCGAGCUGCCUUUGACGCUGUCUCUCGAAACAACGCGACAAAGUCAAUGAAACAUUACAACGAGGUAUUUGUUGCAUCCAGUGGGGACAUAGUUACUAAAUAUAGACUUUUUUGGUGUAGCAUCACGCUGCAGGGGAGAACAGCCAGAGGAUACAAGUACCCACGUAAAUAUAAAACCAGAUCUGCAUUUGUGAUCAUAGGACCGACAAAACGCUUACGUUUGAAUAGUCCGUUGCAAAUUCUUCAAUAAUGAAAACGUACUUACGUAAGUGAGAAGCGGCAGACUGUCCUUAUAAAAAAGUUGGGUUUGCCCCACUUUUUAGAAACAGCCUUUGUGCACAACCAGCUGUUAAUGUGCUACACACUCAGGAACAGUGUUGUUAAUAAAACUUAACUACCGAUUUCUAAUCGUGUCCUCGUUUAGAAGACCCAACUAAGUUUUUCAUUUGUAAUGAAACACACAGCGUAUCCACGACAUGGCGGCAGCAACAACAACACUACAGCGGGAAUAGACACGCCUUCUUUCUGUGCGUAUACAUUUUGGGCGGUGUUCUUCAACGCUUCUCACGAACUGACGAAUGUGGGUGCGUGUUUAAACGAGGCGUUUUAGGCAGGUUUGGAUGAGCCUCCGCUUUUAAAUAAAACACUUUAAUUUUUGCAAGUUUUACGUUUCUAAUAUAUGCAUGAACAACUUGUAACACACCAAAGAUACAGGAAAACACGAAAUCGCAUCAUAUGACUCCUUUAACAUGGUCAAACUUGUCAAAAAUCGAGUUGGGCAUAUGACGUAGUAUUCCUGUGCUCGAUACACUGCCCCAGAGGUUUCAGAAAGUUUUUUUCGAACAUGAAAAUCUGUUUCGUAACAACUUUUCUUAGUCCCUUACUGGACAAUUCUUCGGAAAAGCACACCACACGUCAACCGAGGAGAGCGGGAGAAGGAGCAUGCGCACACGUCACUUUCACUUGCGUGCAGGAGAGAGAGC